AAACAAUGACAACUGCAAAGAAGAAAAGUGUUCAUGUCCUGAUGAUCCCAUUCCCUGCAACAGGUCACAUACUACCCAACCUAGAUUUAGCAUACCAGCUAGCCAUUAGAGGCAUCACCAUAACAAUACUGGUCACACCCAAGAACCUCCACUACCUAGACCCUUUUCUUUCUCUCCACAAAAACUCCCUAUCAGUCCAAGUACUUGUCCUCCCUUUCCCCUCACACCCUUCACUACCCCAAGGAGUUGAGAACCUGCAAGACGUCACCAUCUUUUCACUGCCGGACCUAACCGACGCCUUAUCGAAACUCCAAGACCAAAUCUUCGAAUGGUGCAAAGAGAGUCCUUCUCCUCCGGUGGCUGUCAUUGCUGAUGAAAUGUUAAGUCAAUGGACUGUUCCGUUGUGUGACAGACUUGGUGUGAAACUGAUUUCUUAUUGUUCUGUGAAUGUGCAUGCGAGGAUUUACUGGUUGACUCAUAGCAAGGAGACGUGGCCUUUCUUUCAAGAAAUGAUGGCUUGGUUCAAGAAGAGCUGGGGAGUUAUUUUCAAUUCGUUUGUUGAGUUGGCUGCAGAGGAGAUUGAUGGCGUUAAGAAGAUCAUGGAUAAUGAACGGGUUUGGGCUGUUGGGCCUUUGGUUCCUAUCAAAGCUGGCUCUGAACGAGGUGGUUCCAGCUCAAUCUCAUCCGAUAAACUGAUCGGCUGGCUUGAUUCGUGCCAAGUUGACAGAUCAGUGGUGUAUGUUGGAUUUGGGACACAAAUCACACUAAAGACAAAGCAGAUGGAGGUCCUAGCGAAUGCACUAGAACAAAGUGGAGUUCGCUUCAUCUGGGCUGUCAAAGCAGCUCGAAACGAAGACGAUCAAGACCAGAGUAUGGUUCCGGAAGGGUUCGAAGAUCGUGUGGCUGGGAGGGGCAUUGUGAUCAAAGGUUGGGCCCCACAAGCGGCUAUUCUCGAACACCGAGCUGUGGGUGCAUACUUGACACAUGGUGGUUGGAACUCGGUGCUCGAAGCCCUACGCGGCGGCGUUAUUUUGCUGGCCUGGCCAAUGCAAAUCGAUCACUUCCACAAUGCAAAGCUAUUUGUCGAUGAAUUGGGGGCCGCAGUCCGAGUUUGCGAAGGCUUGGAGACUGUCCCUGACUCAGAUGCAUUGACUCGGAUUCUGACUGAUUCAGUGAGUGUGGAUGCGCCUGAGAGGAUUAAAUUUAUGGAGUUACGAGAGAAAGCACUGAAAGCUAUUGGAAAAGGUGGAAGCUCUUACAAGGCACUAGAUUUAAUAGUGGAAGACUUAUUCAACCUGUAA